CUUUGGCGACUCUCCAACGGCAGACGGCCAACAUGCCCUGCCACUGCCACCCUGACGAGAGCAGCAGCGUGCUGCAGCCCUACCGCCUGUCAGACGCCCCCAAGCUGCCCAUCCUGCGCCGCUCGUCGGCAGUCUUGGCCCGGCGUGCAGGCAAUCUUAUUUGCUCUGGGUCGCGCCAAGUCGGGCUAGCGGGCGUCGAUGCUGACGGUUUGUGGGCGACUGGCAGAGGAUGCAGAUUGGGCAUUGCGCAUUUUGUUCAGUACGCGGAUGGGCUUGUCCGGCCCGGUCGGACUGGACCCCGACAGCGCGACACUGGACAGGCGAUUUCCUGUCCUUAUCUUAUAUGACAGCCCACCGAGCAUGCCGUCCGUCAGACUCUGUGCUUCGUGAUCUGCCUGGCUCUGCUUGGUGUGCCGCGAAUUGACUUGGAAUCAGCCGCCACCAUGUCGGACGAAAAGAUGCCGGAGGAAAAGACGGCAGACGUGCCCAAGGGCGCCGACGAAAAGACGGCGGACGUGCCCAAGGGCGCCGACGAAAAGACGGCAGACGUGUCCAAGGACGCCGACGACAAGUCCGCCGAGCUCAAGACGGCCGCCACCGACGCCGGCGAGCCCGUUUUCGACCAGUGGCUGCAGCACGCGCUGCCUAGGCCGCGGCUGCAGCUGGGCGUGUCGUUCCGCCGCCUCCAGACACACGGCUUCCUGUCGUCGGACCGCUUCCAGUCCACGUUCGUCUCGUAUGCCCUCACGUACCCGCGCCUAUUCGCCGGCGUGCUGGCCCAGCGCGACCGCGCCCCGAAGCGCGUUCAGAUCCUGCAGGACUUUGAGGGCCUGGUCCGUAGCGGCGAGAUGCUCCUGGUGCUCGGCCGGCCCGGCAGCGGCUGCUCGACCUUUCUCAAGACCCUCUCGGGCGACACGCACGGCUUCCACCUCGGCGCCGACGCCGAGAUCAACUACGGCGGUAUCCCGUAUCGCGACAUGCACGACACCUUCAAGGGCGAAUCCAUCUACCUUGCCGAGCUCGACGUGCAUUUCCCCGAGCUGGCCCUCGGCGAGACCCUGACCUUUGCCGCCACCACUCGGGAGCUGGGAUCGGACCGUGCCGCCGCCGCCCGUGCCGUCGGCAGCAAUGUCGCCUCCCUCUUCUCUCUGGAUGGCGCCUUCAAGACGCCCGUCGGGGACGCCAUGAUCCGCGGCAUCAGCGGAGGCGAGAAGCGCCGGACCAGUCUUGCCGAGGCCUUCAUCAGCGGCGCCCCCUUCCAGUGCUGGGACAACAGCACCCGCGGUCUCGACAGCUCCACCGCCCUGGGCUUCAUCACGCUGCUGCGCAAGGCCACCGACGCGCUCAGGUCGACUGUCAUCAUGAGCAUCUACCAGGCCUCCGAGGCCAUGUACAAGAACUUCAACAAGGUCACCCUGCUAUACGAGGGCCGGCAGAUCUACUUUGGGCCCGUCGAGGAGGCCUCGGCCUACUUUGUCGGCCUGGGCUUUGUCCGGCCGAACCGCGCCACGACGGCCGACUUCCUGACAUCGCUGACCAACCCCGUCGAGCGCAUCGUGCAGGAAGGCUUCGCGGACCGCGUGCCCCGGACCCCCGACGACUUCGCCAGGGUCUGGAAGGAGAGCAAGCAGGCCCAGGCCGUCCGCGACGAGGUCCACGCCUUCAACUCGGCCCAUCCGCUCCAAAACAGAGGGUUUGACAGGAACGGCGAGCAGGUCAAGCUCGCAUCGUCGACCUACACCCUCCCCGUCCGCCAGCAGAUUGCCAUCACCGUCAAGCGGGGGUUCCUGCGUCUCCGCAACAACCCGGUGCCUGCCAUCUCGGCCAGCGUGGCAAACGGCAUUCUCGGCCUCCUCAUCGGGAGCGCCUACUUCAACCUCGGCGAGACGAGCGACUCGCUGGACCAGCGCUCCGUCUUCCUCUUCUUCUCCCUGAUGGUGGUCGGCUUCGCUCCCGCGUUCGAGGUGCUGCUGAUGUGGGCGCAGCGCCCCAUUGUCGAGAAGCACCACCGCUACGCCUUCUACCACCCCUUUGUCGAGAACCUGGCCUCGAUGAUCUGUGAUUUGCCCAACAAAUUCGCCAUCGUCACCACCUUCUCGUGCACCGUAUACUUCAUGGCCAACCUCAACCGCACUCCCAGCGCCUUCUUCACCUUCUUCCUGUUUGGCGUCACCAUCUACAUUGUCAACUCGAUGUACUUCCGCAUGGUCGGCUCCCUGUCCAAGACGUUUGACCAGACCAUGGUGCCCUCGUCCAUCAUCACCGCCGUCUUGAUCACGUACACGGGCUUCGUCAUCCCGCCGACGUACAUGGUGUCGUGGCUUGCGUGGCUGCGGUGGCUGAAUCCCAUUUCCUACGCGUUCGAGAGCUGGAUGAUCAACGAGUUUCGCGGCCGCGAAUUCCCCUGCACCGUGACCAUCCCCAACGGCCCGUCCUACAACCAGGUGGGAGCCCAGGGCAAGAUCUGCGCCGCGAUCGGCGCCGAAGCCGGCCAGCUCACCGUCCGGGGAGAAGCCUACCUGGAGCUCAAAUACGGCUACCUGCCCAGCCACCUCUGGCGCAACCUCGGGAUCCUGAUCGGCAUGGGCGUGUUCUUCUUCUUCGUGCAUCUGCUUGCUGCCGAGUACAUCCCGGCGGAGCGGUCCAGGGGCGAGAUCCUGCUCUUCCGGCGGCCGCGCGGCGCGUUUGCCAAGGGGCGCGGCGGCGGAAAGGGCGGCGACGGCAACGAGUCGGGCGCGUCCACGACGUUUGCGCAGGAUGUCGCGCACUCCGAGGAGAGCGAGACCGACGGCAACAACCGGGCUUCGCGCGCCAGCGGCGCCGCCGACAAGGACUUUGGCGUCGUCAACUCGAUCCAGCGGCAGUCGGCCAUCUUCCACUGGAACGGCCUCAGCUACGACAUCAAGACGGGCGGCGGCCCGCGCAAGAUUCUCAACAUGGUCGACGGCUGGGUCAAGCCCGGGACGCUCACGGCUCUGAUGGGUGUCACGGGUGCUGGAAAGACGAGCCUGCUGGAUGUUCUCGCGUGCCGAGCGACCGUGGGCGUGGUCAGCGGCGACGUGCACAUUGACGGCAAGCUGCGCGACGCGGGCUUCCAGCGCAGAAUUGGCUACGUGCAGCAAGAAGACAUACACCUGCCGACGACGACGGUCCGCGAGGCGCUCAACUUUAGCGCCCUGAUGCGGCAGUCGGGCGGCAAGACCAAGCAGGAGAAGCUGGCAUACGUCGACACGGUGUUGAAGAUGCUCGACAUGGCGCCGUAUGCCGACGCGAUUGUUGGCGUCCCGGGCGAAGGACUCAACGUCGAGCAGCGCAAGCGGCUCACGAUCGCCGUCGAGAUGGUUGCGCGGCCCGAGCUGCUCUUGUUUCUGGACGAACCCACGUCAGGCCUCGACUCGCAGACAGCGUGGUCCAUCUGCACGCUGCUCCGCAAGCUGGCGCACAACGGCCAGGCCAUUCUCUGCACCAUCCACCAGCCGUCCUCGCAGAUCUUCCAGUCCUUUGACCGCCUGCUGCUGCUCGGCAAGGGCGGCGAGACUAUGUACUUUGGCGAGAUCGGCCCCGAGGCCUCGACCCUGAUCAACUACUUCGAGACCAACGGCGCGCCCACGUGCCCCCCCGACGCCAACCCCGCCGAGUGGGUGCUCGAGGUGACCAAGAACGCCCCGGGCGCUACCGGCGACGACGGCCUCGCCAAGACCAAGACGGGCAAGUCGGAGCCGGACCCCGAGACGACGGACCUCGUGGCGCACGAAGGCCACCACGCCUGGUUCGAGAAGUGGCGGACCAGCAAGCAGAAGCAGGACGUCAUCGCCCACCUCGACGCGCUCAAGCAGGUUGAGUCGAGCACGGCCCACGCCGUCGAGGUCAAGAGCGAGUACGCGGCCUCCUGGUUCGCGCAGCUGCACGCCGUCACGGUCAGGCUGUUCCAGGAGUUCUGGCGCGACCCCAUCUUCCUGUGGUCCAAGCUGGGGCUGUGCAUCGGCCUGCCUCUGCUCAACGGCCUCUCGUUCCUCAACACGGAGCUCUCGCUGCAGGGUCUGACGAACCUGCUCUUCUCCAUCUUCUCGCUGUGUCAGAUCUUUAGCACCCUAGACCAGCAGCUGAUCACGCGCUUCAGCAGCGGGCGCGCGCUGUUCGAGGCGCGCGAGCGGCGGUCCAAGACGUACUCGUGGACCGUCUUCCUCACGGCCUAUGCCAUAGUGGAAUUUUUCUGGCAAUCGGUCGCCGCUGCGCUCAUCUUCAUCACUUGGUACUUCCCCACAGGCCUGUGGCGCUACACGGAGCACCAGAACCUCAACAGCUUCAUCAUCUUCCUCAUCACCUGGCUCUUCAUGCUCUUUGUCACGUCCUUCUCGCACGCCGUCGCGGCGGGCAUCGAGCACCCCGAGGCGGCGGUCCAGGUCGCCACGCUGCUGUUCUGGCUGACCAUGUUGUUUUCUGGUGUCGUCGUCGUCCCCGACCUGCUCCCGCGGUUCUGGAUAUUCAUGUACCGGCUAUCGCCCAUCGGCUACUUCAUCAACGCCAUCGUGCUCACGGGCUUCAUCAACACGCGCAUCACGUGCUCGGCGGUCGAGCUGCGCCAGAUCGAGCCGCUGCUCACGAGCGCGGUGCAGAACUGCGGCGAUUACCUGGCGCCCUACCUGCAGUCCAACGGCGGCUACGUGGUCAACCCCUUGGACACGGCUGCCUGCAAGUUCUGCGCCGUCGCCGAAACCAACUUCGUGCUGGAGGCGUUCGGCAUGACGCCCGCGAUCAUGGCCACGGCCUGGCGCAACUUUGGCAUCAUGAUUGCCUUUAUCGUGUUCAACGUGCUGGCCACCUUUGGCAUCUACUGGCUGGCAAGAGUCCCCCGCCGAUCGUCGGGCCUGGCGUGAUUGGUGGCCAACUGUCUUGGGACCUUGGAGCCGCAAAGUCUCGCUGUUUUAUUUCGGAAGCAGUCGUCGUCUAGAUAUGUGUAGCUGGACAGGAGGUUUAGAGGUUAGUAUAAUCAGUUUAGAGUAAGCCAUAAUGCAAUACGUAGGCUUUUCGCCUCCAAACGGAAUGGUGCUACUGCUGGCUGCCGUCGUGUGGUCGGCCUGUCGCGCGGAUGUUCGCUGCUUGCGUCUGUACGACUUGAACAGGAUUCAGCCGGGAGGCCAUGGCUCAGAUAUGAUGAGACAGACACGUCGCGCGCCGCUCUCGGCCGAGCAGAGCCGUCAAAGGAGGAAAGAGGGCUCGGUGCCCUGGGUUUCGCACCUCUGCCAGCCUCCGAGGACGUCGAUGCACCCCACACAGGAAAUGAAAGUAGUUAUGGGCUUUGACAAGUCCCGUGUCUGGCCGAGUCUGAAGGUGGACUUUGAUGUCGCUUACGUGAAAGUUCUUGGA